GCUAGAAGCGGGUUUUCCACAGCGCCGGCCCGAUCGAUCUCCGGCCCGGCCCAAUCCCGGCCCUGCCGGGCUGCGCCCUCUGAGGAGGAACGGAAGCUAGGCUAGGCCUUCAAACCCGGAGGAACGAGGCGCCCUCUUGGUGAGUGCGGGGCAGCAGAGCGUCCACCAUGCUGGCGCGGGGGGACAUCGCCGAGAUUCCGCCGUUCAGGAAACGGCUGCCGACGCCGGAGGCCCGCGCGCCCGCGCCCGCGCCCGCGCCGCUCCCGCGCACCGAGUUCGCGCUGCGCGCGACGCCCGCGGACCUCGGGGGCAAGCACGGGCGCCACGCGACGUUCGAGUGGCCGUGCGGCGACGCGUACGACGGCUGGGCCGCCAACGGGAAGCGCCAGGGCCGGGGCACCUACACGUUCGCGAACGGCGCGACGCUGGAGUGCGACUGGGUCGAGGACGCGCCGGGCGGCCGCGGCGUCUUCAAGGUGCCGCGCGGCGCCGUGUACCGGGGCCCCUUCCGCGACGGCCUCUUCCACGGCAAGGGCGUGCUGAAGUUCGGCGGCAACACCUACCGCGGCGCGUUCAGGGCCGGCGCGUUCCACGGGUCCGGCACGCUCGCCCUCGCGGGCGGCGACCGCUACGAGGGCGCGUUCCGGAACCACCGCUUCCACGGCCGGGGCGCCUACUUCUGGAAGUCGGGCCAGCGGUACGAGGGCCUCUUCGAGGACGGCGCGAUGACGGGCCGCGGGGUCGCGUCCUGGCCGGGCGGCCAGCGCUACGCGGGGGACUACGUGGACGGCCGGCGCGAGGGCCGCGGCGACCUCCGGGGCGGCGCGGGCCAGCGCUACCGCGGCGAGUUCGCGGACGGCUACCCGCACGGCGCGGGCCGCUUCGCGUCCAGCAACGGCAAGUUCGUCGAAGGGACGUUUGCCAUGGGCGCCUUCGUGCCUCCGGGUCCGGCUCCGGCGCCCGACGAGCCCGGUUCCCCCCCGAAUGCGGACCCCGAAGAAACCUAAGACACUGUUAAGGAA